CUCCUCUCGAAGAAAGAACAAAUUCGAUCAUCCACAUUGUUCCAUCCUCAUCCACGUUGAUCCAUCCUACUGCUACACCCAAGCAGCCCACAACCCACACCAAAGCCACCAUGAAGCUCUCCAUGGCAUUCAUCGCCGUGCUGGCUCCUCUCCUCCAACAAGUCCACGCCGACCACUGGGGCUGCAACGACGCCGGCCUCGAAUACCCAAACGGCAUUGCCGACGACCGCUGCGGAGCCCCCGGCAAAACCGCAAAGUUUUGCGUCCAAAUCUCCAACGCCGGAACCGAACAUCGACCUAAGUGUGAUGGGCCCUUCAACGUGAGGAGGUUUUGGCUCGGUCAUUGGCUGUACACUCGCGAUGGAUCAUAUGACUAUUGCCGGGACAAUCCUGCUGGAGCUUGGGCUUGCAUGGGGGGAGUGGACGAUGCAACCGGAAACGCGUGA